CGCUGUGUUCCUUCUCGUCCCGACAGUGACGCACCAUGCCAAUUGUCGAUAAGUUGAAAGAAGCCCUGAAGCCUGGCCGCAAGGACUCGGCUGACGAUGGAGACCUGGGGAAGCUUCUGGCCUCAUCUGCCAAGAAGGUCCUUUUACAGAAGAUUGAGUUCGAGCCAGCCACCAAGAGCUUCUCUUAUCAGCUGGAGUCAUUGAAGAGCAAAUAUGUGUUGUUGAACCCCAAAUCGGAGGGAGCCAGUCGCCACCGGAGCGGAGAUGAAACGCAGGCCAGGAGACAGGGCAGCGAGCAUGUGUAUGAGGGUGGCAGCGGGGACGGCGUUCCCGCCCCGCAGAAAGUGCUCUUCCCCACGGAGCGGCUGUCUCUGAGGUGGGAGCGGGUAUACCGAGUCGGAGCCGGUCUCCACAACCUUGGCAACACGUGCUUCCUCAACUCGACCGUGCAGUGCUUGACCUACACGCCGCCUCUGGCCAACUACCUGCUCUCCAAGGAGCAUUCUCGGAGCUGUGAGUUGGAUCGUCAAACGCAGGCUACUACUUUGGUCCAUCAAAUUUUUGGAGGCUAUCUCAGAUCACGUGUGAAGUGCUCGGUGUGCAAGAGCGUCUCGGACACCUACGACCCCUACCUGGACGUGGCGCUGGAGAUCCGGCAAGCUGCAAAUAUUGUGCGUGCUCUGGAACUUUUUGUGAAACCAGAUGUCCUGAGUGGCGAGAACGCCUACAUGUGUGCUAAAUGCAAGAAGAAAGUUCCCGCCAGCAAGCGCUUCACCAUCCACAGAACCUCCAACGUCCUAACCCUCUCCCUCAAGCGCUUCGCCAACUUCAGCGGGGGCAAGAUCACCAAGGAUGUAGGCUAUCCGGAAUUCCUGAACAUCCGUCCGUAUAUGUCGCAGAGUAGUGGCGAGCCUGUUAUGUAUGGUCUGUACGCCGUCCUGGUCCACUCGGGCUACAGCUGCCAUGCCGGGCACUAUUACUGCUACGUGAAGGCGAGCAAUGGACAGUGGUAUCAGAUGAAUGAUUCCUUGGUCCAUCCCAGCAACGUCAAGGUGGUUCUGAACCAGCAGGCCUACGUGCUCUUCUACCUGCGAAUUCCAGGCUCCAAGAAGAGUCCUGAGGGCUCCAUCUCCAGGACCGUCUCCUCGCUCUCCGGCCGCUCCAGUGCGGCUCCAGACCACGUCAGGAAGAAUAUCAGCAAUGGGACUCUUUCGCCCCCGCUGACUGGAAAGAGACUGGACCCUGCGGCAAUGAAGAAGACGCAGAGCACUGAGGAGACGGGUGCACCUGUUUCCAGGAACGGCUCCAUGUCGGGCCUGAAGUCGCAGAAUGGAUACGCUCCGCCAAAGCUGCCCUCGGGGUCCCCGUCCCCCAGACUCUCUAAAACACCCACACACCUGCCGACCAUUCUGGAUGAGCCUGGAAAGAAAAUCAAGAAAUCGACUCCUCUACAGCACUUCUCCCCAGCUCUCAAAACUUCUCAGGGGUUCCAUGGUGCCAGCGACCCAAGCGGCAGCCGGUCUGAGGGCCGCAGGCCAGGCUCCUGGGACGGCAGGGGCUCCAUCCUCUCUACCUCACCCAAGCUCCCGGCUGCAGUGACUGCCAAUGGGCACGGGCCCAAGGGCGCCACCGAGGGCUCUGACCUCGAGAGGGUGGACUCCAGCAGUUCCAGCCCGGAGCAUUCUGCCAGCAGCGACCCCUCCCAGGCCCCCCAAACCCCCAGGAGUGGAGCCCGCUUCCGUGAUUCUCAGGGAACAACUUGUGCUGCUACUGGCCCCUCCAGGGCACUGCCGGGUGGAGAAGACUCGAAGGCGGCGAAGCCGAGGUCCCCUGUCCUGAGCAGCACCACCCCCGAGCCCGCAAACACCAUGUCUCCUCCUCCAGCCAAAAAACUGGCCCUCUCUGCCAGGAAGGCCAGCACCCUGCGGAGGGCAACCGGCAAUGACCUCCAUGCACCUCCCCCCUCACCAUUCUCCGACCUCACCUACCCCAGGAAAGCCACUCACCCCGCCGUCGCCUGCACCCGGCCUGUCAGCACAGCCAGGGCCGUCUCACCUGCUCCCAGACCACCCAGCCAGCUGAAGCCCUUCCCUGGCGCCCACCCUGUGACACCGCCCAGUAGCCCCCAGCCUCUCCGGACAUCAGGCCCACAGAACUCCACCUCUGCUCCCCUGCCUCAGGUCAAUGGGGGCUUCAGGGUCCCUCCAUACCAGCUGCCGGAGGCCAGCGCGCGCCCCCAGAGCCUCCAUAAGAAGAGGAAAAGGAACCGCUCGGGAGCGAUGCAGGAGGGGGGCGCAGAGGCCGGGGAGGCAGCGACCCCUCCCGGGAAGAAGAGGAGGAAGAAGAGGAAGCGCCCGGAGGACUCAGACUCCACCCCGCUGCAGGAAGGGCAGACGCAGGGGCAGCGCGGGGGCCCCGAGGGCAGGAAGGCGGGCCGGGCAGAGCGGCUGGCGGACAGGCCGGAGGAAGAGGGCGGCCAGCACCUGGCGAAUGGCUGGCAAGUGGGGUGCGGGACAGGCGGCCCCCACGUGAGCAACAAGAAGAGGAGGAGGAAGGGCACGGAGGGCUUGGGCAGAGAAGACUGCCUCCACCAGGGCCCACCUUGGCACAGCUGCCCUCCUCCGGACGUCCUCGAGCCAGAGGCCACUGCAGCUUCUCCAAGGAAAAAGAAAAAGAGGAAAAGGAAGCAGGAGUCACGGCAGGAAGCAGCAGGGAACAAGCGUGCGGAAGGCUGGCAGGUCUACAUGGCCAUUUUCACCAAAAGUUGGCACUCAGACAUUCUCAGUAAUGAGGGUAGCUGGGAACCCGCAGAGGUGCCCACACGCAUGUCUGUUGUUGUAGUGUUGACGUGGGACGGUGAGGUGUCUGCCGUUAGCCAGGAUGCUGUUCAAGACAGCAGGUUGGCCCGCAUGGCCACCGUGAUCGACGACUGGGACGAAGAGGUCGAUCGCGGGAAGGAAAAGAAAAUUAAAAAAUUUAAGAGAGAGAAGAAAAGAAACUUCAAUGCUUUCCAGAAGCUUCAGAGUAGACGGAACUUUUGGUCUGUGACUCAUCCAGCCAAGGCCGCCAGCCUCAGCUACCGCCGCUGAGUCGCUGCUGUCAAACCAAACUCCCAGAAACGGAGCGUCCCUUCCUGGGAACUGUCCACCUGGACUGAAGAGCAGCCUUCUUGCAGACUCCGCUGGCUCUGUCACUCCCAGGCUCCGCACUGUGAGCCUGCUAUGAGAGGACCACACGUAGAGGCUCCGGCUUCUGGAGAUCAGGACCUCUGGGGACACAACAGGCAUCGUGACAAACCACACAGUGACUGUGGAGCAGGCGGCUGGGACCUGACUGCAGUGUCUGGUCCGGGGCCCUGGGAGAGAGCAGGGGAGGACGACGGCCACGUCUGUCCGAGUGUCCUCGAGAGCCCUCAGGAUGACCGAGUGUGCUUGGUUGGUUUUCACGGUGAGCCGUCUGUCUGCCGCUGCUGGUGGCUGGCGCUGCAUCUGGCCCUGUGCCCGGCCCUCAGGGCGGGGCUCUGUCUGUAUGCCUUACCUGCCCACCCUCAGGAAGUAAAAGUCGAGGCCGGCCUCACACACUGCCUCUCCCUUUCCUGGAGUUGGGGGCCGUCCUGCCAGUGCAUCUCUCCCUUGCGAGAAAGGACCAUCUCUGGAGAGCAGGUGGCUGUUUGCGGGCGAGUGGGGGGCUCGAACUUUGUGCCGACGCCUCUGUUCUUCAGGCUACUGUUCAUUCUGAGGGGCUUUCCUGAACCUUCCCCUGCAGCUGCAGUAACCGUGGGUCUUCAUGGAGGUGGUGGUGGUCUUGGGGUAGAAUCCUCCUUUUAUUUUACUAUUUAACAUAAAUCAUUUAUUUUUAACCAGGCCUGUGGCUGCCAUUAGCAAUAUGCUUCCUUUCCCUAAUAUGCAAAUACUGGCUUUCUUUGCUCAAUUUUGUGAGUGCUUUUGAAUUUAGAUGAUUGUAUAACUCGGGAAGAUCACUUUUUUAUCUUGCUCAAGCUGUGCCUGCAAACAUAAUUUAAUAAUUACGGGAAAUCCUCAGUUAAAGUGAUAUUUUCCAGAAAAAAGACGAAUGACCUGUGGUAGAAGGUAUAGAAGUAAACCUGAGACUCAU